UGGCGGUAAUGCGUCUUUGCAAACCGUCAAAAGACACCAAAAGAAGACAUUUUAGCUUGUUAAGCUGUCAUGUUUCUCAAAUCAGCCCGCUACUAGAUUUGGACUUUAUUUUGAACUCUAAUGCUCAAAGUUUCACUUGUGAAUCUCUGGAGGUAUUUAAGGCUGGACCGUUUCUCAAAACUACCACAUACAUAACGCGCGAUCUAUAGCGGUUGUAGUUUUAGUGUUUUCUGUCUUCUGUGGUCGGCUUAAUGGGAACGGAUCAGUCCGAACGGGAUAAGAUGCCGCUGGACCCCGUGGGUAGGCGGAUCUCCUGCGGAAAGGAACGGGCCACGGUCCGCUACGUUGGGCAUGUAUCACCAUAUGAAGGGCUGUGGCUUGGCGUGGAGUGGGAUAACCCAGAGAGAGGAAAACAUGAUGGCAGCCAUGAAGGAGUGCAGUAUUUUACAUGCAGAAAUCCUAAGGGAGGAUCCUUUGUUCGUCCGCAGAAAGUGAGUUUUGGAGUGGACUUCCUGACUGCUGUUUAUUUGACCUAUCAGACAAACGCAGAGGAGGUGCUGAACGAGGAGAUCUUCAUUUCCUCCAAGAAGCUCGAAUGGUUUGUUGUUGAGGAGAAAAGGUUUGAGAAUCUUCCAUCAGUUAUGUUGUACCAUCGCAAUGUCAAUGGACCCGGGGUGGCUGGAGAUAUCAGGAAAACAACACCCAACGUUCAGUGGUUGGACCUCUCUGGGUCUCUGUUGUCCACAUGGAAAGAUGUGGCUGCCAUCACAGAGCAGCUGGACAAACUGGAAGGCCUGCAGCUCAGUGUCAACAGAAUUAGCUUGACCUCUGACCCCUGGGCUCACCGUCAGGCGUUCAGCAACCUCAAACUUCUUGCCCUCAACAACUGUGACUUCACCUGGCUGCAGAUCCUGGAGUGCGCCGCCAUGUGGCCUCAGCUGGAGGAUCUGUCUUUAGAAAAUAACAACAUAAGAGAACUACAGAGGCCAGAGGGCGUCCUGCAAACACUGAAGAGUCUCAAUCUGUCUUGUAAUCCUUUGAUGCAAGAAAGCGUGUCCAGGUUAUCAUCUCUGCCCAGACUGGAGUGGCUUAACCUGUCUAACACCAAACUGUCAAUUAUUCAACUUGAAGAUGCAACUCAAGCUUCUACUACAGACGUCUUUCCUGCUCUGAAGAAUCUCAAUCUGGACCACAACAACAUCUCUGAGUGGAGUAUGGUUAAUGAGCUCGCCAAACUUCCCUGCCUUGUUAAAUUAUCAUGUCGUGACAACAAACUGGUGAGCAGCGAUGGAAACCCAAAAACUGUCAAUCAAAUGAUUAUUGCCAAACUUGGACAUCUGCUCUACCUGAACAACAGUGAGAUCAGCUUUGAAGAAAGAAAGGGGGCGGAGCUUGACUACAUCAAGAUGUUUGGAGAGGAGUGGCUGAAGGCAGGGGGUGCAGAUCAGCCCAGCACGGCGUUAAUCUGCCAGCACCCACGUUAUCAGAUGCUUAUUGAGAAGUAUGGAGCCCCGGAUGAAGGCGAGCUGAAGAAGCCAGAGCCAUUUGCCCUGAAAAAUCAGCUGAUAAACAUUACAUUUGUUUUUCCUGAUGAUGCCGAUCGGGAACCUAUAAGCAAGAAACUACCAGCCUCUAUGGUUGUUCAGAAAGUAAAGGGACUGCUGCACAGGCUGCUGAGGAUCCCACCUGCAGAUCUGAGGCUAACCUACACCAGCCACAAGGUGUCGGGGACAGAGUUUCCCAUCGACAGUGACUUAAAGACGCUUCAUUUUUACUCAGUGGAGGACGGAGACCAGGUUCUGGUUCGCUGGUCCUGACUUGAUCCAACUGCAUGUUUCCCAAACUUUAACACAAGCUGAAAUGUGAUUUUGUAAUAUCUCAUUGUUCUGUGUUAAUUUUUCUAAUUAAGGCAACUGCAGACGUUCAGAACAACAUAAUCACUUUAAUUUGUGCCUCAUUUCCAAGAAGGCAGCGAUUCUUCUUCUGCCUUAAAAACAUUUUAAUUUGGAAACGGGUCAUCAUCAUAAAACUUUCACAAGCCUGGAAGAAGUUUACAUCCUUCAUGUGUGUUUCGUUUCAGACUAAAGUGCAGCAGAAAGAAACAGCAGCUCUAAUUCAUGUGUGUGUUCUGCCCGAGUCUGUUAUUACUGAUCAUUUUUUGUUAAACAGCUCAUAUUUCCAAUGUUUUAUUCUUGUUUCUAUGUAGAAACUACAAAAGUGCAUUUAGGGAGAUAAAACGGCUCGCCAGAAACAUAGAACACCUUCUUUGGAUAACUAUUUAAGUUGUCUUUUACACGCCAAAUUGUGUAUAGGUAUUUUGAGAAUUAUCCAAUUUUCUUUGUUGUGGAACAAAUAAAGACUUGGAAAAAUGUC